GCGCUGCGUCACGGACCUUUGGGCGCUGCGCUCCCGAGACUGCGACCGCUGCGGCCUAGGCGCUGGCGUCCCGCGCCCGAACCCUGGUUGGCGGCGGGAUGAGGCGCAGUAAGGCCGACGUGGAGCGGUAUAUCGCCUCGGUACAGGGCUCUGCCCCGUCUCCCCGGGAGAAGUCAAUGAAAGGAUUCUAUUUUGCAAAGCUGUAUUACGAAGUUAAAGAAUAUGAUCUUGCUAAAAAAUAUAUAUCUACAUACAUUAAUGUGCAAGAAAGGGAUCCCAAAGCUCACAGAUUUCUCGGCCUUCUUUACGAAGUGGAGGAAAACAUAGAGAAAGCGGUUGAAUGUUAUAAGCGUUCAGUGGAAUUAAACCCAACACAAAAAGAUCUUGUGUUGAAGAUUGCAGAAUUGCUCUGUAAAAAUGAUGUUAGUGAUGGAAGAACUAAAUACUGGGUUGAAAGAGCAGCUAAACUUUUUCCAGGAAGUCCUGCAGUUUAUAAACUAAAGGAGCAGCUUUUAGAUUGUAAAGGUGAAGAUGGAUGGAAUAAACUUUUCGACUUGAUUCAGUCAGAACUUUAUGCAAGACCUGAUGAUGUCCACAUGAACAUCCGACUAGUAGAGCUGUAUCGCUCGAACAAUAGACUGAAGGAUGCUGUGGCCCACUGCCACCAGGCAGAGAGAAACACAGCCUUGCGUUCAAGUUUAGAGUGGAAUUCCUGUGUUGUACAGACCCUUAAGGAAUAUCUGGAAUCUUCACAGUGUUUGGAGUCUGAUAAAAGUAACUGGCGAGCAACCAAUCAGGACUUACUUCUAGCCUAUGCUAACCUUAUGCUUCUCACGCUGUCCACGAGAGAUGUGCAAGAGAGCAGGGAAUUACUGGAGAGUUUUGAUAGUGCUCUUCAGUCUGUGAAACCUUGUGUGGGUGGAAAUGAUGAACUCUCAGCUACUUUCUUCGAAGUGAGAGGACAUUUCUACAUGCAUGCUGGUUCUCUGCUUUUGAAGAUGGGUCAGCAUAGUGACGUGCAGUGGCGAGCGCUCUCUGAGCUGGCUGUGUUGUGCUAUCUCAUAGCCUUUCAGGUUCCAAGACCAAAGAUUAAAUUUAUUAAAGGAGAAGCUGGACAAAAUCUACUGGAAAUGAUGGCCUGUGAUCGUCUGAGCCAAUCAGGGCAUAUGCUGCUAAACUUAAGUCGUGACAAGCAAGACUUUUUAAAAGAGGUUGUAGAAUCCUUUGCCAAUGAAAGUGGGCAGUCUGCUUUAUAUGAAGCUCUGUUUUCUAGUCAGUCACCUAAGGAUAGAUCUUUCCUUGGUAGCGAUGAUAUUGGAAACCUUGAUGUACAAGCACCAGAUCCUGAGGAUUUGGCUCGAUAUGAUGUUGGUGCCAUUCGAGCACAUAAUGGUAGUCUUCAGCACCUCACCUGGCUUGGCUUACAAUGGAAUUCAUUGCCUGCCUUACCUGCAAUUCGAAAAUGGCUAAAACAGCUUUUUCAUCAUUUGCCCCAGGAAACCUCAAGACUUGAAACAAAUGCACCUGAAUCAAUAUGUAUUUUAGAUCUUGAAGUAUUUCUACUUGGAGUAAUAUAUACCAGCCACUUACAAUUAAAGGAGAAAUGUAAUUCUCACUACAGCUUUUAUCAGCCUCUGUGCUUGCCACUUCCUGUGUGUAAACAGCUUUGCACAGAAAGACAGAAAUCUUGGUGGGAUGCAGUUUGUAAUCUAAUCCACAGAAAAGCAAUACCUGGAACCUCAGCAAAAUUGCGACUUCUAGUUCAGCAUGACAUAAACACUCUAAGGGGCCAGGAAAAACAUGGCCUUCAGCCUGCUCUACUUGUGCACUGGGCAAAGUGCCUUCAGAAAACGGGCAGUGGUCUUAAUUCUUUUUAUGAUCAACGAGAAUACAUAGGCAGAAGUGUUCAUUACUGGAAGAAGGUUUUGCCAUUGUUGAAGAUACUCAGAAAGAAGAGCAGUAUCCCUGAACCUAUUGACCCUCUGUUUAAACAUUUUCAUAGUGCAGACAUUCAGGUAUCUGAAAUGGGUGAAUAUGAAGAGGAAGCACACAUAACAUGUGCUAUAUUGGAUGCAGUUAAUGGGAAUAUAGACGAUGCUGUGGCUGCUUUUGAAUCUAUUAAUAAUGUCGUUUCUUAUUGGAAUCUUGCACUGAUUUUUCACAGAAAAGCAGAAGACAUUGAAAAUGAUGCACUUUCUUCUGAAGAACAGGAAGAAUGCAAAAAUUACCUGAGAAAGACCAGAGACUACCUGAUAAAGAUUUUAGAUGACAGUGAUUCAGAUCUCUCAGUGGUUAAGAAAUUGCCCGUGCCCCUGGAAUCUGUAAAAGAGAUGCUUAAUUUAGUCAUGCAGGAGCUCGAUGACUUCAGUGAAGGAGGGCCUCUUUAUAGAAAUGGUUCUUUGCGAAAUGCAGAUUCAGAAAUAAAACAUUCUACACCGUCUCCCACCAAAUACUCUCUAUCACCAAAUAAAAGUUACAAGUAUUCUCCCAAAACACCACCUCCAUGGGCAGAAGAUCAAAAUUCUUUAUUGAAAAUGAUCUGCCAACAAGUAGAGGCCAUUAAGAAAGAAAUGCAGGAGUUGAAACUAAAUAGCAGUAACUCAGGGUCCCCUCAUCGUUGGCCUACAGAGAAUUAUGGACCAGAUUCAGUGCCUGAUGGAUAUCAGGGGUCACAGAAUUUUCAUGGGGCCCCACUAACAGUUGCAACUACUGGCCAUUCAAUGUAUUAUAGUCAGUCACCAGCAUAUAAUUCCCAGUAUCUACUCAGACCAGCAGCUAAUGUUACUCCCACAAAGGGACCAGUUUAUGGCAUGAAUAGGCUUCCACCUCAGCAGCCUGUCUACACCUACCCACAGCAGAUGCACACACCACCAGUGCAGAGUUCGUCUGCUUGUAUGUUCUCUCAAGAGAUGUAUGGUCCCCCAUUGCGUUUUGAGUCUCCUGCAACAGGAAUUCUAUCACCUAGGGGUGAUGAUUACUUUAAUUACAAUGUUCAACAGACAAGCACAAAUCCACCUUUGCCAGAACCAGGUUAUUUUACAAAACCUCCAGUUGCAGCUCACGCUUCAAGAUCUGCAGAAUCUAAGGUUAUGGAAUUUGGAAAACCCAAUUUUGUCCAGCCCGUGCCAGGUGAAGGCAUGGGGCCAUCCUUGGCAGCACCUGUGCGUACAUCACAGCCAACUGCUUUUAAAUUUAAUUCAAAUUUCAAAUCAAAUGAUGGCGACUUCACGUUUUCCUCACCACAGGUUGUGGCACAGCCCCCUUCUACGACUUACACUAAUAGUGAAAGCCUUUUAGGUCUCCUGACUUCAGACAGACCUUUGCAAGGAGAUAGCUACAGUGGACCAAAAGCUGCUCAGACCAUUGGACCUCGAAAUACAUUCAAUUUUGGAAGCAAAAAUGUGUCUGGAAUUUCAUUUACUGAAAACAUGGGCCCAAAUCAGCAAAAGAAUUCUGGUUUUCGACGCAGUGAUGAUAUGUUUACUUUCCACGGUCUAGGGAAAUCAGUGUUUGGAACGCCUGCCGCAGAGCCGGCCAACAAGAGUCUUGACACUGAUGGGGGUAGUGCGCAUGGGGAUGAGGACGACGACGGCCCUCACUUUGAGCCAGUGGUGCCUCUUCCCGAUAAGAUUGAAGUGAGAACUGGUGAGGAGGAUGAGGAAGAGUCCUUCUGCAAUCGUGCCAAGUUGUAUCGUUUUGAUGCGGGAUCAAGAGAAUGGAAGGAGCGUGGAAUUGGCAACGUAAAGAUACUAAGGCACAAAACCUCCGGUAAAAUCCGCCUACUGAUGAGACGCGAGCAAGUGUUGAAAAUCUGUGCAAAUCACUACAUCAGCCCAGACAUGGCCCUGGCGCCCAACGCCGGCUCAGACAGGUCCUUUGUGUGGUACGCUCUGGACUAUGCAGACGAGUCGCCCAAACCAGAACAGCUUGCUAUUAGAUUCAAGACACCUGAGGAGGCAGCACUUUUUAAGUGCAAGUUUGAAGAGGCCCAGAGCAUGUUAAAAGCCUCAGGAGCAAACAGAGCCACAACCUCCAGUCAGGCUACGAGAACUGUAAAAGAACCCACAGGUCCUGACAAUAAGGAUAUUGGCAAAUCUGCUGCUGGAAGCAUGAACUUUGAAUUUCAGGUUGCAAAGAAAGAAGGGUCUUGGUGGCAUUGUAACAGCUGCUCAUUAAAGAACGCCGCAACUGCUGAGAAGUGUGUAUCCUGCCAAAAUCUAAACCCAAGCAGUAAAGAGCUCCUUGGCUCACCAUUAGUUGAAACUGUUUCCACUCCUAAACCUGGCUCAGAAAAUACUCCAGAUAGAUUUGCAUUGAUGACUCCAAAGAAAGAAGGUCACUGGGAUUGUAGUAUUUGUUUAAUAAGAAAUGAACCCACUGUAUCUAGAUGCAUUGCAUGUCAGAAUACAAGGUCUGCUAACAAAGGUGGAUCUUCAUUUGUUCAGCAGCCUUCCUUUAAAUUUGGCCAGGGAGAUCUUCCUAAGUCUGCCAGCAGUGAUUUCAGAUCUGUUUUUUCAAUAAAGGAAGGACAGUGGGAUUGCAGCGUUUGCUUGGUACAAAAUGAAGGAAGUUCUGCAAAAUGUAUGGCUUGUCAGAAUCCAAGAAAACAGAGUUUUCCUGCUUCUGCUGUCCCAGCACCUGCCUCUUUUAAGUUUGGUGCUUCAGAGACAAGCAAGGCUCCAAAGAGUGGAUUUGAAGGAGUUUUCGCCAAGAAGGAAGGACAGUGGGAUUGCAGUUUGUGCUUAGUGCGAAAUGAGGCAAGUGCGGCCGUGUGUGUGGCUUGUCGGAAUCCACCCGCUUCUGCUGCUGCAGCACCUGCGUCUUCAGAGACAAGCAAGGCUCCAAAGAGUGGAUUUGAAGGAGUUUUCGCCAAGAAGGAAGGACAGUGGGAUUGCAGUUUGUGCUUAGUGCGAAAUGAGGCAAGUGCGGCCGUGUGUGUGGCUUGUCGGAAUCCACCCGCUUCUGCUGCUGCAGCACCUGCGUCUUCAGAGACAAGCAAGGCUCCAAACAGUGGACUUGAAGGGAUGUUCACCAAGAAGGAAGGACAGUGGGAUUGCAGCGUUUGUUUGGUACGAAAUGAAGGAAGUUCUACAAAAUGUGUGGCUUGUCAGAAUCCAAGAAAACAGAGUUCACCUGCUUCUGCUGUCCCAGCACCUGCCUCUUUCAAGUUUGGCGCUUCAGAGACAAGCAAGGCUCCAAACAGUGGACUUGAAGGGAUGUUCACCAAGAAGGAAGGACAGUGGGAUUGCAGCAUUUGUUUGGUACGAAAUGAAGGAAGUUCUACAAAAUGUGUGGCUUGUCAGAAUCCAAGAAAACAGAGUUUACCUGCUUCUGCUGUCCCAGCACCUGCCUCUUUCACGUUUGGCGCUUCAGAGACAAGCAAGACUCCAAACAGUGGACUUGAAGGGAUGUUCACCAAGAAGGAAGGACAGUGGGAUUGCAGCGUUUGCUUUGUGCGAAAUGAGAGUUCUUCCUUAAAAUGUGUGGCUUGUGAUGGUUCUAAACCAGCCCAUAAACCUGUUGCAGAAGAACCUUCAGCUUUCACUUUGGGCUCAACAACUAAGGCAAAUGACUCUUCUGAAAGUCAGGUGGGAACAGGAUUUAAAAGUAACUUUUCAGAAAAAGCUUUUAAGUUUGGCAAUGCAGAACAGGGAUUUAAAUUUGGGCGUGUGGAUCAAGAAAAUGCACCUUCAUUUACAUUUCAGAGUUCUUCUAAUACAGACUCUAAGUCAACAAAAGAAGGAUUUAGUUUUUCUGUCCCUGUGUCUGCUGACGGGUUUAAAUUUGGCAUUCAGGAGCCGGGAAGUCAGGGGAGGAAGAGUGAAAAGCCCUUUGGAAAUGACGCUGGUUGUCAGGCUCAGGAUGCUGGUGGUCAGAAAGACGGGAGUGCUGUGGUUCUUGGUCAAACUGGCAGCACUUGUACAUUUGCAGAUCUUGCAAAAUCAAAUUCAGGAGAAGGGUUUCAGUUUGGCAAAAAAGACCCCAAUUUCAAGGGCUUUUCGGGUGCUGGAGAGAAGUUAUUCUCAUCACAAAGUAGUAAAAUGGCUGAUAAAGCAGACCCUUGUGCUGACCUUGAGAAAGAUGAUGACGCCGAUAAGACUGAGGACAGUGACGAUAUCCAUUUUGAACCAGUCGUCCAGAUGCCUGAGAAAGUGGAGCUUGUCACAGGAGAAGAAGAUGAGAAAGUUCUUUACUCACAGCGGGUAAAAUUGUUUAGGUUUGAUGCUGAGAUAAGUCAGUGGAAAGAAAGGGGUUUGGGGAACUUAAAAAUUCUCAAAAAUGAAGUUAAUGGCAAACUGAGAAUGCUGAUGCGGAGAGAGCAGGUGCUGAAGGUGUGUGCCAACCACUGGAUCACCACCACCAUGCACCUGAAGCCCCUCUCUGGGUCGGACAGGGCCUGGAUGUGGUUGGCUAGUGAUUUUUCUGAUGGCGAUGCCAAACUAGAGCAGCUGGCAGCAAAAUUCAAAACACCCGAGCUGGCUGAAGAAUUCAAACAGAAAUUUGAGGAAUGCCAGCGACUUCUGUUAGAUAUUCCACUGCAGACUCCCCAUAAGCUUGUGGAUACUGGCAGAGCUGCCAAGUUAAUCCAGAGGGCGGAAGAGAUGAAGAGCGGACUAAAAGAUUUCAAGACGUUUUUGACGAAUGAUCAAACAAAAGUCACUGACGAAGAGAGUAAGAGUUCAGGAGCUGGAGCUGCCAGUGCUGCAGACGCGAGCGGCAUGCCAAAUCCUGAGACCACCGGGCCCACCCUAGAGUGGGACAGCUACGACCUAAGGGAAGAUGCUCUGGACGACAGUGUGAGUAGCAGCUCAGUGCACGCCUCCCCGCUGGCCAGCAGCCCCGUGAGGAAAAAUCUCUUCCGCUUCGGUGAGUCAACCACCGGGUUUAACUUCAGUUUUAAAUCUGCUUUGAGUCCGUCUAAGUCUCCUGCCAAGUUGAAUCAGAGUGGGGCCUCAGUGGGCACAGAUGAAGACUCUGAUGUCACUCAGGAGGAGGAGAGAGAUGGACAGCACUUUGAACCCGUCGUACCUUUGCCUGAUCUAGUCGAGGUGUCCAGUGGUGAGGAAAAUGAACAAGUUGUUUUUAGUCACAGAGCCAAACUCUAUAGGUAUGAUAAAGAUGCUGGGCAGUGGAAAGAAAGAGGCAUUGGCGACAUAAAGAUUUUACAGAAUUAUGAUAAUAAGCAAGUUCGCAUAGUGAUGAGAAGGGACCAGGUAUUAAAGCUUUGUGCCAACCACAGAAUAACUCCAGACAUGACUUUGCAAAAUAUGAAAGGGACAGAAAGAGUGUGGGUGUGGACCGCAUGUGAUUUUGCAGACGGAGAAAGAAAAGUAGAGCAUUUAGCUGUCCGUUUUAAACUACAGGAUGUUGCAGACUCGUUUAAGAAAAUAUUUGAUGAAGCAAAAAUAGCCCAAGAAAAAGAUUUUUUGAUAACACCUCAUGUUUCUCGUUCGACCACUCCCAGAGAGUCACCCUGCGGCAAAGUCGCCGUAGCUGUGCUAGAGGAAACCACCAGAGAACGGACGGAUUCGGCACAGGGUGAUGACGCGUCAGGUGCAACCUCAGAAGUUGGCGGGGUGUCUGGCACACCUGAAACGACAACAAAAGCAGUGGUUUCACCUCCAAAGUUUGUAUUUGGUUCUGAGUCUGUUAAAAGCAUUUUUAGCAGUGAAAAGUCAAAACCAUUUGCAUUUGGCAACAGUUCAGCUACUGGGUCUUUGUUUGGAUUUAGUUUUAAUGCACCUUUGAAAAAUAACAGUAGUGAGGCCAGUUCAGCAGCCCAGAGUGGAUCUGAAAAAAGAGCGGAGCUUGGUGGUCACCAAGAGUCGCAGAGCUCUGAUCUCACACCGUCUUCCGACAGCAAAGUCAAAAACUCCUCUCCUGCUUUUCCAAAGGAGCAGUCCUCAACCAGUCACACGUUUAAAACACCAGAAAAGGGGUUUAAUUUUAGCCUUUUUAAAUCUAAUCCAAUGGCAUUUUGGAGCAGCACUCCUUCCUCCCAGCCUGAGAACAAAGUGGAAGAGAAGAAAAAGCCUGAAGAUCUUCCCUCAGAUGACGAUGUUCUCAUUGUGUAUGAGCUGACCCCGACCCCUGAGCAAAAAGCUCUUGCAAGCAAACUUCAGCUUCCUCCCACUUUCUUCUGUUACAAGAACAGGCCAGACUACGUCAGCGAAGAGGAGGAGGACGAUGAAGAUUUUGACACAGCUGUCAAGAAGCUUAAUGGAAAACUAUAUUUGGAUGACUCAAAAGAAUGUAGACCGUUAGAAGAAAAUCUAACAGAUAAUGAGAAAGAAUGUAUUAUUAUUUGGGAAAAGAAACCAACAGUUGAAGAAAAGGCAAAAGCAGAUACGUUAAAGCUUCCACCUACAUUUUUUUGUGGAGUCUGCAGUGACACUGACGAGGACAAUGGAAGUGGGGAAGACUUUCAAUCGGAGCUUCACAAAGUUCAGGAAGCUCAAAAAUCCCAGAAUGAGGACAUAACUAGCACGGCUGACAGUGUGUGUACAGAUGGCAGUAAAGUGACUGUACCAUUUUUGUGUAAAUAUGAAGAACCAGAGUUUACUACCAAAUCUAUUAGUUCACCACCUGUUUCUUCUGAAACUGCCGAUAAACCUGUGGAUUUAUCUACUAGAAAGCAAAAUGAUGCAGAUUCUACAAGUCAAGUGGAAAGCAAAACAGUUUCAUUUGGAUUUGGAAGUAGCACAGGGCUGUCAUUUGCAGACUUGGCUUCCAGUAAUUCUGGGGAUUUUGCUUUUGGGUCCAAAGAUAAAAAUUUCCAGUGGGCAAACACUGGAGCAGCUGUGUUCGGAGCACAGUCAACCAGUAAAGUUGGCGAAGAUGAAGAUGGUAGUGAUGAAGAGGUAGUUCAUAAUGAAGAUAUCCAUUUUGAACCAAUAGUGUCAUUACCAGAGGUAGAAGUAAAAUCUGGAGAAGAAGAUGAAGAAAUUUUAUUUAAAGAGAGAGCCAAACUUUACAGGUGGGAUCGAGAGGCCAGUCAGUGGAAGGAGCGUGGGGUUGGAGACAUGAAGAUCCUCUGGCACACGAUGAAGAAUUACUACCGGGUCCUCAUGAGAAGAGACCAGGUGCUCAAAGUGUGUGCAAACCAUGUCAUCACCAGAACAAUGGAACUGAAACCCUUGAAUGUUUCCAACAAUGCUUUAGUUUGGACUGCCUCAGAUUAUGCUGAUGGAGAAGCCAAAGUGGAACAGCUUGCAGUGAGAUUUAAAACUAAAGAAAUGGCUGAUUGUUUUAAGAAAAAAUUUGAAGAAUGUCAACAGAAUUUAUUGAAACUCCAGGAAGAACAGGUAUCACCCAGAGCAAAGGAGACAAAUCCUGUGGUGUUUUUUGAUGUUUGCGCAGAUGAUGAGCCUCUGGGACGUAUAACCAUGGAAUUAUUUUCAAACAUUGUUCCUCAAACUGCUGAGAACUUCAGAGCACUGUGCACUGGAGAGAAGGGCUUUGGUUUCAAGAACUCCAUUUUUCACAGAGUGAUUCCAGAUUUUGUUUGCCAAGGGGGAGAUAUCACCAAACACGAUGGAACAGGAGGACGGUCCAUUUAUGGAGAUAAAUUUGAAGAUGAAAAUUUUGAUGUGAAACAUACCAGUCCUGGCUUACUAUCCAUGGCCAAUCGAGGCAAGGAUACCAAUAAUUCUCAGUUUUUCAUAACACUGAAAAAAGCAGAGCAUUUGGACUUUAAGCAUGUAGUAUUUGGGUUUGUUAAAGAUGGCAUGGAUACUGUGAAAAAGAUUGAAUCAUUUGGUUCUCCUAAAGGGUCUGUUAGUCGAAGAAUUAUUAUCACAGAAUGUGGACAGAUAUAAAAUCAUUGUUUUUCAUAGUAGAUUUUACCUGUAUAAACAGUUGAAUUGAAGCCUAGCUGUUAUGACAACAUGGUAAUUAUGUUCAGCUUUUGAAAAUGGACAUUUCCAAUGUAUAAAUGUAAAAUUGCAGCUUAUAGCUGUUGUCACUUUUUAAUGUGUUAUAAUUGACCUUGCAUGGUGUGAAAUAAAAGUUUAAACACUGGUGUAUUUCAGGUGUACUUGUGUUUAUGUACUCCUGACAUAUUUGUAUUAAAAUGGAGUAAUACUAAUCUUGUUAAAAGCAAUAGACCUUCUCAAACUAUUGAAGGAAUAUGAUAUAUGCAAUUUAACUUUAGUUUCUUCUCAGAUAUUAGACUUCCUGCAUGGAUAUACUUACUGUUUGGAUAAAGGGACCAUGACUUGGAUAGUUUUUAUUUCAGAUUUGGAAUAUAUUUGGUAAUUUUCACUAUUGGUGUGCUCAUUUAUGAAUAAAGAUUCACUUGUGAGUGGGUAGAGCCAGAGGGUAGAGACUUAACCAAAGUGCUCUUCUAUCAAUUCUUGCACCUCCUGUAUAGCUAACAGAGUACCUUCUUUCCUUAAAAUGUUAUGUAGCUUCCUGUGCUCUUCCCAAGGUAUUAAAUUAAUUUUUACAUUUUAAGUAAGUUGAGUAUUUAGACUUUUUAAAAAACCUGUCAUCUGUUUCUACUACCUCAAACUGCAUUUGGUUCUGAUAGAACUUGAAUUUUUCCUUGCAGUUAUUGUGAUAAAGUAUGAGUAUUUUAAAAAGGUCUAUACCAUGUUCUUUGGUUAAAGAUUUGGUUUAUACUAGAUUGUUGCAGUACCUUUUUCUGGUGAAUUUUGUAGCAAAAAUAAAGUGACAAUUGUUAACA